GAAUCAUGUAACACUGAAUCAGAAUUUGUUCGAUUCAUUCCGUCACUCGGUUGUUGAAGAGCUCUUUCAUCGCCACAGAAGUGUCGACUACGUUUGCAGUUGCAUUGAAGUGCAGCAGAGGAAGAAAUGGAUCCAAAGCGACCCCCCUUUCCAGGCCACCCAGGGGUCACCCGCAUGCCAUGGAUGCAGUCAGCAGAAGAUCAGGGUCAGUUGCCUGACCAGCCCCCAUUGGGACGAGCCAGAGGUCUGGUCCUGCCUAAAGAUGACCCUCUUCCUGGACGAGGUAGAGCCUUAGGCGUACCUGGAGAAACACCUGUACGUUUUGGGAGAGGCAUAUCUCCGUCUGUAAGCGAGCCUCUGGUGGGCUUUCCAAGAGGAGUGCGAUUACCGACAGACGAGGGAGGAUUUGGAAGAGCCCGAGGUUUUUUGCUGUCCACUCCAGAGCCCAGUGUUGGGAUUGGGAGAGGGGCUGCUGUGGGACCAGUGCCUACACCAGACAUUGAGAAAUCUGAUGUACAGGAAAAGAUGCCUGAGCGGCAAACAGUGGUGGCUCCAGCGAUUCCCCAGGUGAAACAAUCAAAAGUUGAGGCUCCUGGGCCGGGGUCAUCUCUGGUGUCCAUGUUCAGGGGUCUGGGCAUUGAGCCGGCAAAGACAUGGGGCAGAGGAGCUACACCUGUGGGACGGGGGGCAGCAGGUGAUUUGGGGGCAGGUGUCCAGUCUAAGCCGACCAUCAUUGGGGCAGAAGAAGCCAUCAGUGUCCUGGGCAGAGGAUUUGUUGGUGUUGGCAGAGCUGCGUUGCCCCAUAUGAGUGUAGGCCGUGGACCGAUUGGCCCUUCGGGCCCCGUUUCUCCCGUUGAUGCCCCGUUCUCCUUGCAGUCUGCUGCCUCCAUCUCUGAAGAAGCCCCAGUUCCUCCAGGAACACCCCCAAAAGUUGAAGUAAAAAUGGAGACCGUGAAGGAGCCUCUGCAGAAAAUCGGAACAAAAGGCAGUCCCAUAUCCAUCGGCUCAAACUACAUCCCCAUCUGUUGCAAAAACGAAGCUGUGUUUCAGUACCAUGUUACUUUUACGCCGAACGUUGAGUCUGUCGCGAUGCGCUUUGGUAUGAUGAAGGAACAUCGGCCCACUACAGGGGAGGUGGUGGCUUUUGACGGAUCCAUCCUCUAUCUGCCAAAACGUCUUGAGGAGGUUGUUCAUCUUAAAGCUGAGAGAAAAACUGACAAUCAAGAGAUCGACAUCAAGAUCCAGCUGACAAAGAUCCUGCCGCCCAGCUCGGAUCUGUGUAUCCCGUUCUACAGCGUGGUGCUAAGGAGAGUGAUGAGAUUACUGGGGCUGAAGCUGGUGGGCAGAAACCAUUACGACCCCAACGCUGUAGUGAUUCUCGGCAAACACCGGCUUCAGGUGUGGCCUGGAUACUCCACCAGUAUCAAACACACGGAUGGCGGUCUCUACCUCAUUGUGGACGUCUCUCAUAAGGUGUUGCGAAAUGACUCGGUGCUGGAUAUAAUGAACUUGAUUUACCAGGGAAGUCGCGAGAGCUUUCAGGACGAAUGCACAAAGGAGUUUGUCGGCUCAAUCGUCAUCACGCGCUAUAAUAACCGCACUUACCGAAUCGAUGACAUCGAGUGGUCCAAGUCUCCCAAAGACACUUUCACCUUGGCUGACGGAACCGUGACCACGUUUGUCGAAUACUACAGAAAAAACUACGGCAUCACCAUAAAGGAACUGGAGCAACCAAUGCUCAUCCAUCGUCCAAAAGAGAGGUCCAAACCUGGAGGAAAGGUUAUAACGGGUGAAAUCCUGCUGCUGCCCGAGCUUUCCUUCAUGACCGGCAUCCCUGAAAAAAUGAGGAAAGACUUCAGAGCCAUGAAGGAUCUGACCAUGCACAUCAAUGUGGGAGCCGAGCAGCACACCCAGAGUCUCAAACAACUGCUGCACAACAUCAACAGCAAUAACGAAGCGGUCUCAGAACUGUCCCGAUGGGGCCUCAGCAUCAGCCAAGAGAUCCUAGUGACUCAAGGAAGAACUCUGCCCAACGAGACUAUCUGCUUGCAUUCAGCUUCGUUUGUCACGUCUCAGGCAGUAGACUGGUCCAGAGAGGUGGUUCGAGACCCCUCCAUCAGCACUGUUCCUCUGAAAUGCUGGGCUGUUUUCUAUCCCCGGCGGGCAACCGAUCAGGCAGAGGAGCUCGUGACUACUUUCACGAGGGUAGCCGGACCAAUGGGCAUUACAAUUGAUCGGCCCAUCCGCGUAGAGCUACGGGAUGAUCGAACCGAGACCUUCAUCAAGAGCAUUCACUCUCAACUCACCAGUGAGCCCAACGUGCAGCUGGUCGUGUGCAUUAUGACCGGAAACAGAGACGACUUGUACAGCGCCAUCAAGAAGCUCUGCUGCAUCCAGAGUCCCGUACCAUCACAGGCCAUCAACGUGCGGACCAUCUCUCAGCCACAGAAGCUGCGCAGCAUCGCUCAAAAGAUCCUUCUGCAGAUCAACUGCAAACUGGGAGGAGAGCUGUGGACGGUGAAUGUUCCUCUGAAAUACCUGAUGGUGAUUGGGGUGGAUGUUCACCAUGAUGUGAGCAAGAAGAGCAGAUCUGUCAUGGGGUUUGUGGCAAGUCUUAACAGCACGCUGACAAAAUGGUACUCCAGGGUUACCUUCCAGAUGCCUCACGAGGAGAUAAUCAACGGUUUCAGGGUCUGUCUGCUGGCUGCCCUGCAGAAAUACUACGAGGUGAACCACACCUUCCCUGAGAAGAUCGUCAUCUAUCGCGACGGCGUUUCUGACGGACAGCUCAAGACUGUGGAGCUUUAUGAGAUCCCUCAGGUUCUGAAAUGCUUCGAGACCAUCCCGAACUACGAACCGAAGCUGGCUUUCAUCGUGGUGCAGAAGAGGAUCAGCACCACCCUGUACUCCUACGGAUCCAACCACUUCGGCACGCCCUCGCCAGGAACCGUUCUGGACCACACCGUCACAAACAGAGACUGGGUGGACUUCUACCUAAUGGCACAUUCGAUUCGACAGGGUUGCGGCCUGCCCACGCAUUACAUAGCAGUGUACAACACCGCAAACCUCACCCCUGACCACUUACAGAGGUUGACUUUCAAGAUGUGCCACCUAUACUGGAACUGGCCCGGAACGAUCCGCGUUCCUGCACCGUGCAAGUAUGCCCACAAACUGGCCUUCCUGUCUGGCCAGUACCUCCACUCGGAGCCUGCCAUCCAGCUCUCAGAGAAACUGUUCUUCCUGUGAGCGAGAGCUGUUCACCGUCUCAAACAGACCCAAGAAGGAUCCAAUCUCCCUCUUUUGUUCUUUUUUAUUUGCUAAUCUUAAAAGUACUGUUCUGAAUGUUCUUUGCUGGUAUCCAAAUCAACCUUCUUUUUUUCCCCAAACGUUUUUUGUAACUCUUAGUUGUUCGUUCUUGUAAAGCAUUAGUGAAUAAAGUGCAUGUCUCAUUUCGA